UUAAAUACGUGUGACUUCUGUCAUUCGUGUCAUCUCUGGUGACGUGUAUGAAAUAAUUCAAACAAGUUUAAAAAUGAUUUGAGUUCAAUUUCUUCUUACAAAGUUACAUUAAAUAUUUAUUGAAAUAUUAUUAAGUGCUAUAUAUUAAUAGUAUACCAGCAUGGCCACAUAUGAGGAGUAUAUCCAACAAAAUGAAGAUAGAGACGGAAUUCGAUUCACAUGGAAUGUUUGGCCCUCCAGUAGAAUUGAAGCAACUCGUCUAGUCGUUCCGUUGGGAUGUUUAUAUCAGCCAAUAAAAGAGAGGCCCGAUUUGCCUCCUAUCCAGUAUGAUCCUGUAUUAUGUACAAGAAAUAAUUGUCGAGCCAUACUGAAUCCACUGUGUCAAGUAGAUUAUCGAGCAAAGUUAUGGGUGUGCAACUUUUGCUUCCAAAGGAAUCCAUUCCCACCACAAUAUGCAGCAAUAUCGGAACAGCAACAACCAGCUGAAUUGAUGCCAAUGUUCUCGACCAUUGAAUAUACAAUUAGCAGAGCUCAAUGUUUACCACCAAUUUAUCUCCUAGUAGUUGAUACAUGUAUGGAUGAAGAAGAACUGAGUGCUCUGAAAGAUUCCUUACAGAUGUCGCUCAGUUUAAUACCUCAAAAUGCCUUGAUUGGUCUCAUAACAUUCGGGAAAAUGGUUCAAGUACAUGAAUUAGGCACGGAAGGAUGUAGCAAAUCUUACGUAUUCAGGGGAACGAAGGAUUUGUCAGCCAAGCAGAUACAGGAUAUGUUGGGCAUUGGAAGGGUUGCUAUGGCGCCCCAGGCUCAGAUGCAACAACCAGGCGUGCGAGGCACGCCGCAAAUGCUUCAGCAUCAACAGCCCGUACCGCCUGCCAGUAGAUUCCUACAGCCGGUAUCGAAUUGCGACAUGAAUCUUACAGACUUGAUCGGUGAACUUCAGAGAGAUCCUUGGCCCGUACCUCAGGGAAAAAGGCAUCUACGUUCGACAGGUGUAGCCCUUUCCAUCGCAGUCGGUCUAUUGGAAUGCACGUACGCGAAUACGGGGGCAAGAAUCAUGACCUUCGUGGGCGGACCCUGCUCUCAAGGACCGGGUCAGGUGGUUAACGACGACCUCAAAGAGCCAAUCAGAUCGCAUCACGAUAUCCACAAGGAUAACGUUAAAUACAUGAAGAAGGCCAUCAAACACUACGAAGCCCUUGCUGUUAGGGCGGCAACUAACGGACAUUGCAUCGACAUUUAUUCUUGCGCUCUCGACCAGACAGGACUGAUGGAGAUGAAGCAGUGCUGCAAUUCCACUGGAGGUCAUAUGGUUAUGGGUGAUUCCUUCAAUUCAUCCCUGUUCAAGCAAACUUUCCAGAGGGUAUUUUCCAAAUAUACCAACGGUGACCUCAAGAUGUCAUUCAAUGCAAUAUUAGAAGUCAAAUGUUCUAGAGAACUGAAAAUACAGGGCGGAAUUGGGCCGUGUGUUUCUCUGAACGUUAAGAGCCCGCUCGUGUCCGACAUAGAGACCGGCAUGGGUAACACGGUGCAAUGGAAAUUGUGCACCUUGACACCCAGCACCACCAUGUCCCUAUUUUUCGAGAUAGUCAAUCAACAUGCCGCUCCAAUUCCCCAAGGUGGAAGGGGAUGCAUUCAAUUCAUCACCCAAUAUCAGCAUUCAAGUGGACAGAAAAGGAUAAGAGUAACAACGGUUGCGAGAAAUUGGGCUGACGCGUCUGUGAACAUCCAUCACAUAACAGCGGGCUUCGACCAGGAAACAGCAGCUGUUCUGAUGGCAAGAAUGGCGGUGUAUAGAGCGGAAAGCGAUGAGAGCCCCGACGUGCUCAGAUGGGUCGACAGGAUGCUUAUAAGAUUGUGUCAGAAGUUCGGAGAAUACAACAAGGACGAUACCAACAGUUUCCGAUUGAGCGAGAACUUCAGUUUGUACCCUCAGUUCAUGUAUCAUCUCAGACGUUCCCAAUUCUUGCAAGUUUUCAACAAUUCCCCGGAUGAAACGUCCUUCUACAGACACAUGCUGAUGAGGGAAGAUCUCACCCAGUCGUUGAUAAUGAUACAACCGAUAUUGUACAGUUAUAGUUUCAACGGACCUCCGGAACCUGUUCUUCUUGAUACCAGUUCCAUUCAACCCGAUAAGAUCCUGCUCAUGGACACCUUCUUCCAAAUUUUGAUUUUCCACGGAGAGACCAUCGCCCAAUGGAGAAAUCUCAAGUAUCAAGAUAUGCCCGAGUACGAGAACUUCCGUCAGUUGUUACAAGCUCCAGUUGACGAUGCCCAAGAGAUCCUGCAGACGAGGUUCCCCAUGCCCAGAUACAUAGACACCGAGCAGGGUGGUUCGCAGGCGCGUUUCCUCCUGUCCAAAGUGAACCCGAGUCAAACUCAUAACAAUAUGUAUGCUUACGGCGGGGCCAUGCCCGCCAUUUCAUCGGAUGGAGGAGCACCAGUUUUGACGGACGAUGUUUCACUUCAAGUAUUCAUGGAUCACUUGAAGAAAUUAGCAGUUUCUUCCACAGCUUAGAGAAUCUUUCAUCAACUUUCAGUUUUUUUUUUUCAUUAUUGGUAUCGAUGGAAAUAAGAUAGGGUUCAUUGUGUGUAUUGAAAUUUUCUGGAAACGUGAAACUUGCUAUCUCUGUAAUCAAAUAGAUGUAGAUUCGCGAAAAAAAAAAUUGAUUCAGUCAUAGCUGAUAUAUCGAGUUUAAUGAAGAAUUAAUAUAUAUUGUAAUUAAUUAAAUUUUAUACCCCUUGUGUUACAUAAAAUUUUGGACUCGCUGA